CUUCCAACUCGGCUUUUGUUCGUGGACACGACGAAUGCCAGACCCCGUAUCGAACUCUGCGCUACGGCCGACCUUUGCAGCGAGCAGCGAGACAAAGAACUCCGCCAUCUCACCCUGAGUCACUGUUGGAGAUAACAAGAAAAGUCCACACUGACGAAAAGCUCAAUGGCGCCUUCCAAGUUGACCAUCCCUUUUGAUCAAUUGCCUCGGACAAUGGCUAGCACCAUCAUAAUUACGUUGGAAUUGGGGUUCCACUACUUCUGAAUUGAUUCUCUAUGCAUUGUCCAAGACGACCAUGAUGAUUGGCGGCGCGAAUCCGCCGAGAUGAGGAGGAUCUACCGCAAUGGAGUUUGCAACCUUGCAGCC